CUGUGAUUGGCUGGAAGAGGAAGAGCGCGGGGGGCUGUGCGGCGUGGCGCGGCGCCUACUUCCGGUCAGUGGAGCGGUUUGAGGAGAACGGGCGGCGGCGCGGCUCCCGGGCACGGUGCUUCCAAACCACGAUGACGCUCCCUCAGCUGCUCCUCUGCCUCUCCCUCUCCAUGCUCUGCAUCUCCAGCAAACCCACUGAGAAGAAGGACCGAGUCCACCACGACCCCCAGCUCAGUGACAAGGUCCAUGAUGAUGCCCAGAACUUUGACUAUGACCAUGAUGCUUUCCUGGGUGCCGAUGAGGCCAAGACCUUUGAUCAGCUCACGCCAGAGGAGAGCAAGGAGAGGCUUGGAGUGAUUGUAGAUAAGAUAGACACGGAUAAGGAUGGGUUGGUGACCGAGGGGGAGCUGAAAGCCUGGAUUAAGAAGGCCCAGAAGAAAUACGUGUAUGACAGUGUGGAGCGGCAGUGGCAGGACUUUGACAUGAACCAAGAUGGAUUUAUCUCCUGGGAUGAGUACAGGAACGUGACAUACGGCACUUACCUCGAUGACCCCGACCCCGACGACGGCUUCAACUACAAACAGAUGAUGGUGCGGGACGAACGCCGCUUCAAGAUGGCCGACAAGGACGGAGACCUGACUGCCACCAAGGAGGAGUUCACUGCUUUCCUGCACCCCGAGGAGUAUGACUACAUGAAAGACAUCGUCGUGCAGGAGACCAUGGAAGACAUCGACAAGAAUGGGGAUGGCUACAUUGACCUGGAGGAGUACAUUGGUGACAUGUACAGCCACGAUGGUGACGCUGAUGAGCCCGAGUGGGUGAAGACAGAGAGGGAACAGUUUGUGGAGUUCCGUGACAAGAACCGGGAUGGCAAAAUGGACAAGGAGGAGACCAAGGACUGGAUCCUCCCCUCGGACUAUGACCAUGCCGAGGCUGAGGCACGGCACCUUGUCUAUGAAUCUGACCAGAACAAGGAUGGGAAGUUGACCAAAGAGGAGAUCGUGGAGAAGUACGACUUGUUCGUGGGGAGCCAGGCCACGGACUUCGGAGAAGCCUUGGUGCGACACGAUGAGUUUUGAGGGCAAAGGCUUCUUCUCCAGUAAUUUAUUUUCUACCAUUUCUGGGCUGAUCAGAAGAAAACUUGUUGGGUUUGGUUUGGGGUUUUUUUGUUGUUGUUGGUUUGGUUUGGCUGCUGAGACUCCUCGUGCAGGCCAUCAACCACCCAGUUCCUUCCCCCUCCUCAUCCUGGUUUUAUUGCUUUUCUUCCUGACGGGAUGAGGAGCAGUUGAGGACCCCACCACCUCCUCCUCCUCCUGACUCUUUGAGGGGGGGUGUUGGUUGGGUUUUUUUGUUGUUGGGUUUUGUUUGUUCGUUUUAUUUAGAUUCACAUGGGGUUUGGGGGGGUCUUAUCAAGCUUGGGUUGGUUUUGUAUCUUGGUUCCACCAGAAGAAAUGUGUCUGCUGACAGGGCAGAGCAAAGACAAUGCUCCCCCUCCCCUUCCUCCCUGCCCUUUACCAACACCAAAUUGGACAAAUUGAUCAAAACUAAGGGG